UUAAAAUAAACAAUAUAGUGUGAUAAAAUGCCGACGAAAUCAAAGAGAAAUCGACGUGUGUCGACGCCGACGCGAGAGGACGUCGAGCCCGCUCGUGAAGGUUCUUUCACCAGAGAUGACGUCGCGACGCUAGUGGAGUCGUUACAACGGUCGCAAACCAACGCCUUCAGGGAACUGCUGGAAAGCGUCAUCACGACCACUAGGCACCCGUCGUCGUCUGCUACAUCGACACCGUUUCCAGUAGAAGGAGGAAAUUUCUCUCGCUGCAAAGCUCGAUUCGCUGGAAAUUCCGAUGAGUCCAUCGAAGGUUUUAUUGACGCCAUUGAAGCCUACAAAGAUUGUGCAAAUAUCUCGGACGAUAACGCCAUUCGAGGGUUAUCUAUGCUAUUAACGCAUUCAGCCGCAGAUUGGUGGCAGGGCAUAAAACCUGAGACAACUUCAUGGGCCGAAGUAAUUGACAGCUUGCGCCAUACCUACGGUGACAAUCGAGCUCCGCCGCGCAUUUAUCGCGACUUAUUUGCUACACCUCAAGGCGACGAAAACACUCAUAUUUACGUCGCGAAGUGUCGAGCGCUGUUUUCAAAAUUGCCGCGCAACGAGUUAACUGAGAAAAUACAGUUAGACAUGGUAUACGGACUUCUACACAAACGAAUACGUAAACGUGUUAAGAGGGAAGAGUGCGCAACGUUUAAGAUAUUGUUACAAAAGGCGCGCGCUGUCGAAGAAUCGUUGAACGAGAGUACAACCGAUACAAAGGCCGCCGCCGCCGCUUCCAAGAACGUGAGCCACGCCUCGCCGAGUCGUCCCGCCGUCGUGUCAAAGCCGCCGCGCGCUGCCGCGAGCGCGAGCGCCGCGCCGCCGCCCCGCGAGCCCCGUGCGCCUCCGCCGCGUCGUACAGAUGAUAACAGUGAUAAUAACAAUACCGCGUCCGCCGCGAAAUCUAAAUCGUAUAGUAAGAAGUGCGGGUAUUGUAAACGUUACGGUCACGUAAAAGAAGAAUGUAGAAAGUUAAAUAAAGACUCUAGCACGUCUAAUGAUAAUAAUAAUAACGCAUCAGAUGUUAACGUGUUACGUUGUUAUGGAUGUGGUCAAAUAGGCGUUAUACGCAUAAAUUGCGAAAAAUGUAAUUCUACAUUCUGUACUGUCAACUGCAGCAUGGAUUCGUCCAAUCCAGGGUUAAAGGGCACUGGUAAGCAGACUAAGAAGCUCUCCCCGGUGAGUAGUUCUCUUAUCACUAUACCUAAUGUUCAAAAUGAUAAGCUUGACGAGACCUUUUUGUCUCUCACUGAUUUUCAACAUGCACUUCCUGCAAAUUUCUUUGGUGACGGUUUAGUAGCAAGGCCGGUGACGCCCCGCGCCGCCGACAGCUCCCAGGACGACCCUGUAGUUGUUCAACAAUCGUGCACACUUUUUGCAAAGUCCUUUAUUGAUAACAGUGAUAAGCAAGUUAAUAGUUCCCAUAGUAAGGAAAUGUCAUUUUGCACCGUGUCAAACAAUAUUUGUAACAUCCCUCUGCUGCCAGAGCAGGUCAUUGACGCCAAAUCUAGGUUGACUACAGCUGUUUUCGAAUCAGCUAAUAACAGUAAUAAUAAUGGUCACAAUAUAACUAGUUACAGUAUGUCAUCUUUGGGUCACAGUAUAGAUAAUUCCAGUAUGUCAACCAAACCUUGUGAGGGAAUUAUAUUUUCAGCUGUGGAUUUUUCAGGGACAAACCAGAAGGUUGAGGACUCCAAGGAGCCUGCACCUGUAACCCAAGUUGACCAGAAUGACGCUGAGGACCCCGUGUUGGAAUUAUUUGACACAUAUGAGGAAUACACAAAUAGACAUCAGCGGCCAAUUUUAGGGAUUGGAAUCCUGGAUAUGCAAGGUAUUGCCUUAUUGGAUACAGCUGCAAAGAGAAGCUUGGCUAGUCAAAAGCUCUACUCACUGUUACUUGAGAGAAAGCAACAGUUCUGCGAGAAGCAAAUGAGAGUGACAUUAGCCGAUGGUAUACCUCAAGUUAGAAAUGUGCUCAAAAUCACCUUAGAUGUCAAAGUGAAGGAUAGAGUAAUACCUCAAGAGUUCCUUAUCUUACCUGAAGCUGAAGAAAAUGAAACUUUACUGGGAAUCGAUUUUCUGAAAGCAUCCCGUCUCGACUUGGACUUUGACACCCAUACUUGGUGCUUUCCAGGUGGUGAGAGGUAUCCCAUACAGUAUGAAUCUGACAUGCCAAUGCAAUUGUCAAUUGCUGCAAGCAAUAUACUUCAUGCUGAAGAAGGAUCAAUGCUCAGCGAAGGUGAAAAGAUGGAAUUAGCCGAAGUGUUAGAGAGGAAUAGUGCAGUCUUCAGUCUAGGGGGAGCGCCCACUCCAAUUGUUGAACAUCAUAUUGAUACAGGAGACCAUGCACCUAUAUCUGUACCUCCAUACCGGCUCACACCUGCAAAGAAGGAAAUAAUGAAAGCGGAGAUUGAGAAGAUGCUCCGGGAAGGGAUAAUAGAGGAAUGUGAAUCUGCUUGGACCUCACCGGCAGUUCUUGUCCCUAAGAAGAAUAACACUGUCCGAUUCUGUGCUGAUUAUAGAAAGCUGAACAGCGUCACAAAGACAGAUAACUAUCCCUUACCCUUAAUUGAUGAGCUGCUGCAGUCGACAGGAAGACAUUGCUACAUAAGUACCAUAGAUCUGAGAUCCGGAUACUGGCAAGUAAGUGUGAAUCCAGCUGAUCGGGAUAAGACUUCAGUGAUCACACCAUUCGGUACUUACCGUUUUGUACGGAUGCCAUUCGGUUUAAAGAAUGCACCUGCCACCUUCCAGCGGUUGAUGGAUAAGUUCAAAUCCGGUGCCAGCUUGCAAAAUACUACAGUACUAGCUUACCUGGACGAUCUCCUGGUUAUAUCUGACAGUUUUGAGAAACACCUGGAAGACCUGCAACUUGUGUUUGACCGACUACGUCAGUUUGGCUUAAGAGCAAACCGAGAGAAAUGUGUUUUUGCCUGCAAAGAGGUCAAGUACCUUGGACACCUCAUCACCCCUGACGGUAUAAAGCCAGAUAAUGGGAAAGUUGAAGCUAUUUUAGCCAUGAAGGAGCCAAAUAAUCUCAAGCAUCUCCGGACAUUUCUUCAAACCUGCGCUUGGUUCAGAAAAUUUGUUCCAAAUUUCUCAGCGGUAGCUCAGCCGCUUACCAAGCUUACUAAGAAAAAUGAACCAUGGAAAUGGCAAAACGAGCAACAACAGGCCUUUACGGAGCUCAAAACCAGAUUAACUUCUGCUCCAAUCCUGGUGCAAGCGGAUUACAGCAAACAAUUUAUUCUGCGGACUGACUCGAGCAACUAUGCCCUCGGAGCUUGCCUUAUGCAAGGCGAAGGACAUGAUGAGCGUCCCAUUGAGUAUGCCAGCCGGCUGCUCACUCCAGCAGAACGCCGUUACAGCACAACGGAAAGGGAAUGUUUGGCUGUGAUCUGGGCGGUUGAGAAGUACCGGCCCUAUAUUGAUGGUCAUACAGUUUUAGUGAAGACGGAUCAUCAGCCGUUGAAAUGGCUGCUGACUCACAAGUCACCAAGUGGUCGCCUUAUCCGGUGGGCACUUAAACUGCAAGGUUUUGACAUCAAAUAUGAAUACACACCUGGCAAGGCCAAUGUCAUAGCAGACACAUUGAGUCGACCGGUCUGCGAUGAAAACUCCAAAGAAGAAUGUGGAGUCUGCUCUAUUAUUAUUGAUAUUCCACAAGUUAACCCGACGGAACUACGUACUGCUCAGCUCGAAGAUCCAGAAGUCGCCAAGAUUGUUCAAGACCUGGAAGACUCUGAUCUCAUUAACUCAACCAGAUGGCUAGAGAGAGGAUAUGUCAUGGCCCAAGGGGUUCUCUACUAUUAUAAUCCCAACUCUGAGUCUGAGGAAGCUCAGCUGGUAGUACCUAACUCUAUGAAGGAGGCCGUCCUAAAAGAGUACCACGACGCCCCAACAGCAGGUCAUCAGGGCGUAGAAAGGACUCUCGCACGCAUCUGUCAAAAGUAUUACUUUACAGGAAUGCGCAAAUACGUCACGGAAUAUCUAAAACUCUGUGAAGAAUGCCAACGCUACAAGAUAAGUAACCAGAAGCCUAUGGGACUACUACAGACCCCAGUGCUUAAUCAAAGAGGAGAGGUACUAGCCAUAGACCUCUUUGGCCCUCUACCUGAAGGCGAUAAUGGAGAGAAAUGGGUGCUGCUCAUCGAGGACACGGCUACACGCUGGGUGGAGCUGAUAGCCCUCAAGGACGCGACAGCAGACGUCUGCGCUCCAGCCCUUAUCGAGCAGUACUUCCUACGGUAUGGAUUCCCAAGAAGAGUCAUUUCAGACAACGGAGUUCAGUUUGUCUCAGCUGUGAUGCAGCAGACCAUGUUCUUGCUGGGGAUCAAGCAGAAUUUAAUACCACUCUAUCAUCCUGAGGCCAAUCCUGCAGAACGCAAGAAUAGAGACCUCAAAACUCAACUCUCCAUCCUAGUGAAGAACAAUCAUCGUGCGUGGCCCAAGUUCCUGCCAGCGAUCAGGUUCUCGAUGAAUAGUGCUCUUUGCGCCACUACUGGAUGCAGUCCAGCUCACAUGAUGUUCGCUCGAGAGAUGAGGACUCCUUUUGAUGCUCAACGUGAUUUAAAGGCUAUUCUAUCAAAAGAAAACUUUCUGCCACAAAUAACUCCUUACUUGAAGAAGUUUAUCGAUAACUGGGAUGUUAUCAAGGAGAAAGCAGAACGCCAGCAGGACCAUAAGAAAAGCGACGCUGACCAGCACCGACGGCAGUCACCUUCGUUUUGCGUUAAUGACCUAGUUCUGGUAGACACUCAUUUGCUUAGUAACGCUUCUAAAGGUUUAACGAAGAAAUUCAUGCCAAAACGGGAUGGUCCCUAUCGCAUUAGUAAAGUAAUUAGUCCAACUUCUUAUGUUAUAUCCGACAUUCAAACCAAUACCGACCUGGGUAAAUACCAUAGUUCUGAUUUGACACCAUUCACACCAGGUCAAGGUAAUAAUGAAGCGCCGCCGACCACCAGCCCCCCACGGGCCCCCCGCCCCGCAGCCCCGCUGCCCGAGACGACAAAACUGUCUGAAGAUGUGGACACGUUCUCAGUGCUCCCGGCUUUGCAAGUAGUACCCAUUGAACCAUUUGUUCCCGAGGCAGUUGAUCAUUCUUGCAAGGAUUGUGCAGCACUUACUGUUGGCUACCCGUUCUGGUGCGUGCAGUGUUGCCGCGGGCCGCUGUGCGGCGCGUGCGCCGAGUGCGCGCCGCACGACGGUCACUACUUGCUGCGCACGCCUAGAGGGGCCACGCGCAGCCAAGUGGAGGCAGUGCUAGCAGUCAUAAGGCAACAUUUGCAGACACAAAACUUACUAACACUAUUCGAAAUGGAUAGCGAUAGUGUGAAAGUGGAAAUAAAAGAGGAGCCCGAGGAGCUCCCGCCGUCCGACCCGGAGCCCGCAGCGGAGCCCGACCCACUCGACCCGUUAGCCACGCGCUCUGCCACAGGCAAACAGUUUGUUGAAGACGAAACCGCCAGUCACUAUUUACCAAAGCGUCGGCGAAUCAUACCUACAGAAAACAACGCUGCCCAACCAAAAACUUCGAUAAAGCUUCAACCUAAGACUUUUAUCCCACAAACUAUCGUAAAGGAUACGCCUAGAGGUUUAAAACCCGUUUUAAAACACACACCUGGCGGUAUAAAAAAAGUCUUAUUAAAACCAGUGUCCAGCGGUUCACAACCUGCCUUAAAAAGCGCCGUGAUGCACCUGCAGCGCGUUCCCUCGUUAGGAAUAAGAAAAUGGACGGCCCGAAGAAUAGUCCAACAGAAGACUGAAAUAAAAUUAUAA